AUGUCCCCGCAUCUCCCCGCGCUCGUCGCUACGCUGUUCCUUGUAAGCUUGAUCCAUGGGCCCGCACUAUCCGCCGCGCAGCCCGCGUACUCCGCCGUGGGAGUUCCCACGGCUAUCGUAGCGGGCGGCGUGUACAACCCGUUAACGGGCGACGUGUACAACCAGGCAUGGCAGAUUAACUCGCUGACGCAGCGCGAGACGGGGUACUCGUCGAAUCCCGACGCGAACAACAACGCGGAGCUCACCUCGUGCGCGGUCUCGACGGACGGUAAUGCCUUCACGUCGUCAGGCGACAAGUACGUCAACAUGAUUAAGUACACCACCAGCGGGCCGGUAGCUCUGCCGGCGCUGCCGCUCAAUAUCAACGUCACGACCGUCGCCCUGGGAGGACCGUCGGAGCGGCUUCUCGUCGCGGCGGACGGGACCGUUGCCGCUGGCGGCGCCGUCGGGAUUCGGCGCGACACGCUGCAGUCAACGGUGCUGGUUGCGCCCGGGUGGCAGUGCAUGUCGGCUAGCUUCUGCUCGUCAUUCGUGCUGCUGGCGUGCCACGAUAUCGCAAGCGACGCGAACGUGCUCGUCACCGUCCCGUUCGACGCCGCUACUGGCGUCUUCCAGACCGCCGCCAAGGCUUCUUUCGCUAUUCCGUUCCCGCCGGCUCAGGCGGCGUGUUCCCCGAACGGCGGAUUCGUGGCCGUGCUGCGCAUAGACGCGAAGACCGUGUUCACGUACAAGCUGCCGCUUGUCGCGCCGCUCACUGCGCUCUCCACGUCGCAACUAACCCCCGGAAUGCCCGGCUCCAUGGCCUUCGACGCUACCAAUAGCGAGAUUCUUGUAACGAGCGCCGCGGACUUUCCGGGCCUGCCGGGCGACGCUUACCUCGGCACGCUCGACACUGUCGGGUACACCGAAACGGGAGGCGCGGAACCCGCGGCGCGGAUCGGCGCGUUCCAGUACACCACCGCGUCGCCUGUGGGUGGCCAGGUGGCAGUCUACCCGAAGCCGACGGUUGGUUACGUGGCGUUGCCCGAGGGGCUGUACGUGGUGCGGCUCGUGGAGGACGGCGCGCUCGACUACGGCUCCGCGCUCUUCGCCACGCUUGGCGCCGUGCAGGACGGAUGGAGCUACUUCGCCACCGCCGUCUGCGCGCAGCGAUUCGUCGCCGCUCCCCCGCCCCCCAGCCCGCCUCCUCCUCCCCCCAGCCCUCCACCCAAGCCCCCGAGCCCUCCGCCGAAGCCCCCUAGCCCUCCGCCCAGGCCCCCCCCUCCCCCGAAGCCUCCGAGCCCUCCGCCGAAGCCCCCUAGCCCUCCGCCCAGACCCCCCCCUCCCCCGAAGCCUCCGAGCCCUCCGCCAAAGCCUCCUAGCCCCCCACCCAAACCUCCCUCUCCGCCUAAGCCGCCGAGCCCUCCUCCGAAGCCCCCUAGCCCCCCGCCCAGACCCCCCCCUCCCCCGAAGCCGCCGAGCCCUCCGCCGAAGCCACCCAGUCCUCCCCCGAGGCCACCUCCUCCCCCGAAACCUCCCAGCCCGCCGCCAAAGCCUCCCAAUCCUCCGCCGAAACCGCCCAGCCCGCCACCACUGAAACCGCCCAGCCCGCCUCCGCCGAAGCCGCUGACGAGCACGCUAGCGACGACGGCGUCUGUGCUGUCGGAGUGGGCGGGCGGCGACGCUGGUGUCUUCGCCACCGUCGCCAGCGACGCUGACGCCGCUGUGACGCGACAUCCGCCCGCUAGGACCGCGCCGCGCGCGUACUAUGGCGUCGCGCAGCCGCCACCAGAGCCGACGUCAUGCUACGUGGGCACGAGCGCGCUGUGCGCAUUCCAGCUGGACUGCCUGGACUUCGGCGCGAAGAGGGGGUGCACGUGCAUGAACGACAUCAUCCCGCAAGGGCAGUGUAGAUACGCCAGCGCAUGUCUGGACACGACAGCGUGCCCAGUGGAGGCCACGUGCACCACCACACAGAGGGGUCGCACAGUGUGCGCGUGUCCUAGUGGUUACCGGCCUCUGAAGCAGCGCGUGGGUGACACGGCGUUCAGCUACUGCGCUCGCUCGACAUGCAAGCGGAGCAAUGCCUUCGUUGGCUUCAGCUGUGCUGUGCACGAUGAGGCAGCUGCUGGAAUGAGCUUCUUCGGGUAG